GAAGGUGACCCCCCGUGGGAAGGAGGGCGACGGCCCCGGGGAGAACGAUGGCUCGCGCCCCCCGCGCCCCGAUCGGAAUCUCGGCCGGCGUCGUCGUGUGGCUCCUGUGUGCGCUCGGCUUCCAAGGCAUCGAGGCUGGGCCUUCAGCCGCGCCGCCUGGAGGAGCCACCUGCCGGGAACGCUUUACCGCCAGGGUGCCUGACUUUGUGCUGGACAUCAACGCCUCGGUCAGCCACGGGGCCACCUCCUGGGGCUCCCGUACGGUGACUCACAGCUGGGACUGCGUACUUGCCUGCUGCGAAACCCAGAACUGCAACCUGGCGCUGGUGGAGUUGCAGCCCGGCGGCGGGGCGGACGCCGUGGCCGCCUGCUUCCUCAUGGACUGCCUCUACGAACAUAACUUCGUGUGCAAGUUCGCUCCCAAAGAGGGCUUCGUCAACUACCUCUCGCAGGAGGUGUACAGCUCCUACCGCGACACACGCUUGCAGGGCUUGGGUGAAGCCUGGAUCCCCAAGACAUGGGCUGGUACUGACUUGAAGGUACAACUCCAGGAGCCGGUAGUACUGAAGGAUGUGGAUGGUUCAGACUGGCACCUGCUGCAGGGUGACUCGGAUGUAACGGUCAAGAAAAAUGGUCUGGACGAGGUGGAGCUAUGGGGACUCAAGGAAGGCACGUACCUGUUCCAGCUGACUAUGACUGGCUCAGACCAGUCAGAGAACACAGCCAACAUCACGGUCACCGUGCUAACAGCCAAACAGACUGAAGACUAUUGCCUUGCAUCCAGCAAGGUGGGCCGCUGCCGGGGCGCCUUUCCCCGUUGGUAUUACGACCCCACAGAGCAGAUCUGCAAGAGCUUCAUUUAUGGAGGCUGCGCAGGCAACAAGAACAACUACCUGCGGGAGAGAGAGUGCAUGUUGGCCUGCCGGGGUGUACAAGGCCCUGUGAUAGAAAGGCACCAUCCAGACUGCUCUGGCACCUGUCGCCCCAAUCAGUUCCACUGCAGUAACGGCUGCUGCAUCGACAGCUUCCUGGAGUGCGAUGACACUCCUGACUGCCCGGACGCCUCUGAUGAAGCCACCUGUGAAAAAUAUACCAGUGGCUUCGAUGAGCUCCAGAGAAUUCAAUUCACCGGUGACAAAGGGCACUGCGUAGAACAGCCAGACACAGGACUGUGCCACGAGAGCAUCCCACGCUGGUACUACAACCCCUUCACCGAGCAUUGCGCCCGCUUCACCUACGGCGGCUGCCACGGCAACAAGAAUAACUUUGAGGAUGAGCAGCAAUGCCUUGAGUCUUGUCGCGGCAUUUCUAAGAAGGACGUGUUUGGACUGCGGCGGGAAAGUUCUGUUUCCACUGCAGGCUCUGUGGAGGUGGCCAUUGCUGUGCUCCUGGUCAUCUGCAUCGUGGCGGUAGCAGGCGUCUUGGGCUACUUCUUCCUCAAGAACCAGAAGAAGGGCUUCAGCAGGCGGCGCCACCACCCGCCACCCACGCCCGCCAGCUCCACUGUCUCCACCACCGAGGACACCGAGCACCUGGUCUACAACCACACCACCCGCCCCCUGUAAGCCCAGGGCGUGCUCACCAGCUCUCACGAGGCCUUUCAUCCUGCCUGCCCAGAUGGGAGCCUGGGUCAGGGACAGUUUAGGGAGCAGGCCCAUCCUGCCUGUGUCCCAGGCCCACUCUGUCUCCGAGACCAGGGCUGUGGCCCCUGUUGGGGGAGCCCCUGCUGAACUGGAGCCUGCUGUUCCCAGGAAAGCUCAAGAGAGAAGAAAACCAGGAGAAGCAGUAAGCUUGCCUGCCAACUGCCUGAGACUUCAGAGCCAGUUGGAAUCGUGUUCCCUGUGCUGCCCUGAGCACAGGGAAGGGGCCUGGAAUGGUUAUCAUUAGCCAAAGGACCCGGCCUGUCCUCCACGGCCACUCUGCUCCCACUCCACCCGACCUGGGCCAGGAGCAAGGCUGCAGGCCCUGUACAGAGUUGCUUUGUGUUUAUUUAAUUCCCCCUGGGCUGGAUGCAGAGGAACGAGGCCCCUGGUCUUCUCUCUGCCUUCUGGACCGGCCUGGCCUGACCAAGCCACGGGGCUCACCACUCACCCCCUCUCAACUGCCCACCUGUCAAUAAA